AUGUCACGGCAUCUUGUAGUGACCUUAUUGCAGAGGAAGGAAGCUUACAAGAGGUUGAUUAGAGAUAGGUUCAGGCCGCUCAGGGAGAUUGCUAUAACUAUUGAAGAGGAAGAACUAGAGGAUGAGCAGAUGGACUGCAUUAAGAACUUCCACCACUCCCUGGCACUGAAGCUAGAGACUGCUUGCAACAAAGUUGUGCAUUUUGAGCUGGUUCUUGUCACUGUUCUGGCUAAUGAGGCUCUGUUGCUGUUGACCGGGGAAGAGAAGACAAGCUUUGCUGAGAAGGUGCUGAUGUCUUAUCAGGUAGCAUACACAGCAGUGGAAGCAUUGCCUCCUGCUGACCCAGAAAGGCUAUCUAUCUUCCUUAAUCUUUUAGCCUUCUGGUACGAUGUGAUGAGGGAGAGCAACAGGAAUGCUAUUGACAGCUGGAAGAGAGAUUGA